CCAGAUUCGUUUUCACCUUCUGGAGCCCAUCUUUCGUCCCAGUGCUUCGAUUUCAGCCAAGAUCUAGCCACUCGGAUUUCGAUCGGCUCCGCCUGGUAUUCUCCUACCUCUCCACGCCUGCCUGCAUCAUCCUUCGGCACGGCAGUGCGCCGCCCGCAUCUCAUCUGUCGCAGCUGGACAAGAGCGUGGUGAAUCUGAGUUGCCAGAGAUGGCGUCCGCGGGCGAUGUCCAUAUGCAGGAUGCUGACCAGCCGAUGGCCAACGGGACGCUGCCCAAUGGACCUGCCAUCAAGCGCGAAAGGGUGAGCCAAAGGCGAUGGGUCACAUACAAGGAAGGCCAGCUCGCUACACGACCAGCCACACGCGAGGACACUGGUCACGUUGUCGUUGGCUGCGAUGUGCAUCAGGAUGAGGACGAUGACGACAUGCCUCUGGGUCAGGCGCUGAGGCAGCCCGCGCCCAAGAAGGCCAAGGUGUCCGCCUCGCCCUCGAAAGACGAUGACGAUGAUGACGACGACAUGCCCAUCUCCUCCUCACGGCCCAAGGAGAAGCCCAAGGCCGCCGCCAAGAGGACCGACAACAAGGGCGACAAGAGGAAGGACCUCAAGCCCGACAAGGCCAACGGCGCCAGGCGGUCUCCCUCCCCCUCCCCAGCCUCCAGCGUCAAGGCCAACGGGGCGGCCAGGGCCGCGCCAAAAGGUGGGUGGAGAUUCACGCACCACGCAGACCGCGCAACUCACGGUUGGUUGGAGUCCAUGUUGUUGUGUGUGGUUUUGCAGCCAGGGCCACAGCCAAGCCGAAGCGUGUGAUAGUCAAGACGGAGGCUGACUUCGAGCCGCUCAACUGCUGGUGGGAGAAGGAGAACUUGGGGGCCAGCAAGGGGGUCAAGGACACCACCAAGCAGGUACAUACCGACAGACAGGAGAGAGAGGGCGGCCAGUGGAUUGGAUGGAUGUGCACCUAGCGUGUCUCUCCGUGUGUGUGUGGUGCAGUGGGACUAUCUGGAGCAUCACGGUGUCAUCUUCACUCCUCAGUACGAGCCACACGGUGUCAAAAUACGAUACGACGGUGAGCACCCCACACAUCCGAAACACAAGUAUCGCAUCUCACCCAUCGAUGGAUGCAUACAAAAAUGGAUUGAUGGAUGUUGACCGCCGUGCACUCCUUGUUCAGGGGAGCCCAUGGCGUUACCGCCAGAUGCAGAGGAAGUGGCCAACUUCUGGUGGGUGACCGAAUGAAUGGGAAAGCGUGUCGGUGCAUGACAUGGCAGGCACGUUGGUUCUUUCCUGCCUGCAGGGCGCAGCAGCUGGAUGGCGAUCGUGUUGGCAAGGAGAAGUUCAGAACCAACUUCUGGAAGGCGUUCAAAUCAAAGCUGCCCAAGGUGAGGGAGAGAGGAUACACGUGACAACACACACGUAGCGCACUGUCAUGCACUCGUCACGCUCCCUUGGUGUGUGCAGGACCACCCCAUCAAGAGCAUCGACAAGUGCGACUUUCGGCCGAUCAAACAGGUCGGUCAGUCAGGCCGGAGUGCGUGCCAUGUGUGGUGUCAGUCACAUGGUGUGGUGUGCUGGUCGGUGUGUGGUGUGUGUGUGCAGCAUUUGGAUGCCGACAAGGAGCGGAAGAAGAACAGGUCCAAGGAGGAGAAGGAAGAGGAGAAGAAACAAAAGGCCGCAUACGACGCGCCAUACCAAUUCGCCCUCGUCGACCACAUACGAGAGAAGGUCCGUCCGCAACAUGGCCCCACACCGUUCGUGUGUGCGGGCAUGCAUGUAUAUGCACGUGUACGAUCUGUGUCUGUCUGCGUGUCACCCACCCUUUCAGAUUGGCAACUUUCGUGUGGAGCCCCCCGGUCUGUUCAUGGGUCGCGGCGAGCACCCCAAGCAGGGGCAGCUCAAGGGCCGCAUUUUUCCAGAGCAGGUCACCCUCAACCUCGCCAAAGACGCACCAGUGCCACGCAUUCCCAACGACGGACCCCCGGGCCAUGCGUGGGGGGAUGUCCAUCACAACAACACCUCGACAUGGUACAUACAGUACACAUGUGGGUGGGGUGCGUGUGGGGGGAGAGGGGGAGAUGAAAGGAGGGAGGGAUACGAUUGGAUUGAUGCUCUGACUGACCUGUCUACUCUGUGUGGUUGUAGGUUGGCCUGGUACAAGGACACGAUCAACGGUGCGGUCAAGUACGUCUUCCUGGGCGCUGCCUCGGGGUUCAAGGGCAUGAGCGACUUCCUCAAAUACGAAAAAGCCAGGAAACUCAAAGUCAGUUACUUAACCAGCACACCCAUGCAUGGCACCCAGCACAGUGUAGUAUAUAUGGGUGCAUCGCCCUCGCUCUUCUCCUUCUGUCAGGACUACAUCGGUGCCAUCCGUGAUGACUACGCCAGGAAGAUGAAGUGUACGCAGCGCGACACUGCGCAGGUCCAUCAAGCUUGAUGGGCUCAUGCUGUUUGUUGUGCCUGAGUGUGUGCAGCGAAGGACCAGGAGGACCGUGAGCUGGGCACAGCGGUGUAUCUGAUCGACUUCCUGGCGCUGCGUGUGGGCGGCGAGAAGGACACCGAGGAGGAGGCCGACACCGUGGGCUGCUGCUCACUGCGGAAGGAGCACAUCACAUUCGAGGUGCGUGCACACACACGCGCAGACACACACCCACGAGAUGUACGCUUGUCUAUGUGUGUGUCGAUCCCUCAGGAUGGCUACAAGAUCACUCUUGACUUCCUGGGCAAGGAUUCCAUCCGAUACCAUCAGACCAGCAAGGUCAGGCCUACGGCACACACACGACACAUCCAUCCUGUGCGUGUGGCUGGCAUGAAUGCAUGUGUGUUCAUCGUGUGUGUGUGUGUGUCUGUCUGUGUGUGUAGAUCGAGGAGAUAGCGUACCACAACCUCAAGUCCUUCUGCAAGGGCAAGAAGGACGACGAGGACAUAUUCGACAUCGAUGUGCGCGGGGAGGACGGAUGACACAACACGCACACACACCUGCUGACGCCGACUGACGUGUGGUUUGUGUCAUGUCAGCCGGCUCGUCUGAACAAGUAUCUGAAGGAGCUGAUGCCCGACCUCUCGGCCAAGGUCUUCCGGACAUACAACGCAUCCGUCACACUACAGCAACGUACAAACACAGCCAACAAAGGCACACACACUCAUCCAAAUGUCCACGUGUCUGUUGGUGCAUCCUGUCCUGCGUGUGUGUCAGAGCUGGACAAAAUAGGCGAGAAGGGCGUCGACGUGAGCAAGCCCGACGAGCUGCUCAGCUUCUACAACGACUGCAAUAGGUGCAUCACACAGACACACGCCGCUGCCACUGCUCGUGUCGAAUGGGCUGCAUCCUCCUACUGUGUGUGCCUUCUGUGUGUGGGUGUGCAGGGAGGUGGCCAUCCUGUGUAACCAUCAGCGGAGUGUGCCCAAGGGACAUGCAGCAUCAAUGGAGAAGGCACAGAAGAAGGUGUGUGCGCGCACACGUCCAUGCAGCCGACACAUCCACCACCACCCCAUCUGGCUCUGUGUGUGUCGCGCGUGUCGUCAUGUGCAAAUGCAACCAAUACAGUUGGAUGAGUUGAACGAGGACAUCCAGGAAGUGGAGGACUACCUCGAGUACCUCCGGACCGGCAAAAAGAAGAAGACACCCAAAGUCGAAAAGAAAGAGGUCAGCCAGCCAGCCAGCCAGCCGGGCAGGCGGGCGGGCGGCACGCUACACCAGCCAGUGUCAUGCGUAUGUAUGUUUGUCCGUCCUCGCUCGCUGUCCUGCAGGAGGGUGAGAAGGAGCGCAAGCCGGUGGUCAAGGACGGCAUGAAGGAAGAUGCCGCCAAGAAGAAACUGGACACACUCAAGUGAGCCUUCGACGGGAAGUGAGCAGAGAUGGGGCAUGGCAUGGAUGGGCUGUGCAUUCAUUGGGUGGGUGUGCAGGAGCCAGAGGUCCAAGCACGAGUUGACCAUGAAGAUGAAGGACGACAACAAGGCCGUCGCCCUCAGCACCUCCAAAAUCAACUACAUGGACCCCAGGUACCUACACAUAACACACCCCCACACCCACCCACACCCACGCACCCGCACCCCAACCGACCAACCAUCGUCUGUGUGCGGUCACUCAGGAUCACGGUAGCCUUCUGCAAGAAGUAUGAGAUGACCAUCGAGAAGGUCUUCAACAAGGUGGGUGUGCAAGUGGUGGAUAGAUAGCAUGGGUGGGUGGCCACACUAUCUUCACUUGUCGGUUUGUUUCACCGUGUGUGUGCAGGGUCUGCGCACCAAGUUCCCCUGGGCCAUGUACAGCAAGUCUGACUUCGUGUUUUGAGUAGCCGGCCACCAUGUUAGCCAGCCAGCCAGCCAGGCGAUUGUGGCGCCUUCUUACGUUCGCUUCUGGUGUGUCUAUGCAUGCAAACCUCCAGUUGCAGCUCACGGACCCAAUUCGACCGCCGUGUGUGUGAAUGAUCUGAUUGUACCUCACCUCAUCGGAAACACACAACAUUGAUCGAUGCCAUGCGAUGC